GCCUGAAGAGCUUGUUUGGAGAGUUUGGCCGUCCACUGACAGUCUCGUGGGUUUUCUGAAACCGAAUAAUUUCCGAACUUGGAUCCGAUUUUAUUUUUACGAUUUUUCGUCCGGGACGGCCACCAAUCUUGGUGUGACUGGCCAACACUUGAGAUCGUGGUACGACCGAAGCCCGCCUGUGUUGUACUGUACUAGUAGCCUUUCGAGCAACGGCAUAAACUCGAGCUGCUUCAUUCCCACCAUCUAGUAGACAUCAAGAUAGCCAAAAACGAGGUAUGUAUGUCACAGACAGGGUAAAGAUAGUCGAGGACUGGUUCAAUCGUUGCAAAGUGGUCAUUCCUCUGAGGCUGUCUUCAAAGCUGGAUGAAAGCCAAGGUCCAAUCUUCAGAGGCCGGAAACGAUGCACAUGUCCAAACGAGGCAAUCUUUGUCGCUUAGGUGUCGAGCGAUGCGUCACCACAUGCAUAUGGGUAGGUCAUGGUUUGUUUUGCUUGUUCUUCGCUGAUGGUGCUGUCGGCUGCAGGCCAGGUUUUAGGAGGAGCGAUUUAUCUAGAGUGAUGCCCCAGACGGACGGUCAGCAUCUGCCCGACCCUGGACUGCCAGGCUGAUCGCUAAUCACCUGGACAAGCGGCGUUCUCUGACUUCGUCGCCGCUGGAACGGUGGAUGGAUUGCUAGUGGUACUGCCUCGUGCCAGGCAUCAACCCUGGAUUCGCACUGUACAUGUACUAUUAAUUGGAACUGGCUAGACACCGUUCACUGCACUUAUUCCCUGCUACCACUUCAUGGACCCAAAAGAGCGUGACCAGGACCAGCUUGAUCGUAGAACAAUGUUUGCUGUGUCUGUAGUGAGUCGACGUUUGAUCCACCACUAGUAUUGCUAGUUAGCUACGUGCGGUACAUGGGGGGAAGGGACCCAAGAAACAAGUCACCCUUGAGACCUAGACAUCCUAACCGAAUCUAAGCGAAUCGAAUCGAAUCGAGUGUAUGCAAGGAUAGUCACCCGUGCGAUUGGCCAGGCAGCCGAGUCACUCUUGCUAGCGUAGUGGCAGUCAGCCAGAUCUACACGAGUAGAAAGCAGACAGCCUAGUUCUAGAAUUUGAUGAUUUCUGCCGAUCGGGAUAAAUCUCCCUGAAAUAUGGCAAACCUGGAGGUCUGGAGAAACAGUCUACCUAUUCACCAACCAAGGAAACUCAGCAACCGAGGCCAUCACCGCCAAAGUCGCUCUAUCAUCAACCAGAACACAUGUAAGGCAGGUUUCCUUAGCCCCAGUCAGUAGGCACGUUCUUUCCAAGAACGUGCUACCCGAAAGAAGAACUUCCACCUUUGAGGUUGCACAGGUCUUGUGGGGUGGACGAAAUCCUAACCAUUCUCUGUUUUGACCUGUUCCGGUAUGAAUACUGUCGUCGAACAGCUAACCAAAGAUUCGCCAGAUAGGAGUUGAUUUGUGCUGCAUGCAGCUUUGGGUCCCCUUGCUAAGACCGACGGGAUAAAUCCGAAAUGGUUCAAAAAUCGUGGUUCCGUUGGACCACCGAAUUUUCCGGGGCCGCCUACCGCCCUGGAAGCCGGCCCAGCGAAAAAGUUGCAGAAUGGCGUUCGAAUGUGACUGCAGGCGACGUACUGAAACUUCGGCUCUCAUAGAUCAGCAAACGCUCGGCUUGCCUCCACCGACAGACUUCAUUUUUAUCACAGCAGUAGUGCAGCAUUGCCUGUCUUUGUUUGGGACUUGCCUUCAUUUUGUUUCUUCGGAGCACCACCAGGGUGUUGUCUUCUCACAGUUUCAGUUUUCUCGUUAGUCUCUUGAUUGUUAAUUUAUUAUUUGGUGCACCAUGGUAGCGAUGCCCUCUCAAUUGGAACUAGAUAUGGAGAAUGGUGGCACUCUGCUGUGCCAACCUGCCACCAUGGGAACUCCCACUAGACCACAUAGGCAGCAACAACAACAAACCCAUGUGGCACAAGAUGUUAUGUAUCCAGCCUACACCAACGACUACCGCAUUGUUAAUGGCGCCUGUGGUGGUUUGGGUAUGGUAGCCAAUCGCAACAUCAAGAAAGGUGAAAUGGUGCUGACAGAUUCGAUCGAGUUUCUCUUUGCGGAUGUCCAAGAAGGCGACCACAUUAUUAUGGUUGGCCAUGAAAUGGCCUCCCGAGAAAGUGAAGCCCCUGUUCCAAAGCGAGUUCCCAUUACACGGGACAUGCUUAUACGGACUCAUGGAGUGCCUGUCUUGAGCCCUGACCCAAGCAACCCAGAUUCGGCUGGAAUUGAAUUUUAUCGCUUGGAAGUCCCUUGGAUGCUCCUUAACCAUAGCUGCGACCCCAAUGUUGUGGAUUCCUCGCACAAGGAGCCUGAAGGAGAAGCCAUUGCCGCCAGGGAUAUUCAAAAAGGGGAAGAACUGACCUAUGACUACACUCACCAGUAUUAUGACAGGAAUCUCCAUUCCUUUGAGUGCCUCUGUGGAGCUGACAACUGCAGAAAGUUCGUCACUGGGUUCCAAGGGCUCUCUGACGAAGAUAAGGAUCGUCUAUGGCCUCAUGUUAGUGAUUACAUCAAAGUUAGGCAUUAUGCUGAUGCCGGCACUGGACCAAAGACAAAGGUUCAAUAUCCUGAAUUUCCCGAGCGAAAGUCUUUUCCCGAAGAGGAGGCGAUGCGCCUGGUGGUACCUGGCCCUAGCUGUGCUGAAUCAGACGUGUCUUUGCGAAGAGAUGAAGAGACGGGAGAGUAUCGUCUCUUUGCGCUUAAGGACUUUGAGUUUGGUGAGAAGGUGUACUCCUUCUGGAACUUUGUCUGGCCUGAGCAUGGUCAGAUCGAUGUGGACAUGGUGGCUGCAGCAGAUCUCUGGGAGGGUGAUGCACCGGAAGGUACUGUGAUCCGUGUCAAUCCUCUGGAGCAUGGUGUCAAAGACAUCAUGGGAAGGAUACGAUUUUCUGGUUAUGACAUGAUGACACAGCAUUCAUGCGACCCGAACCUCGUCUACAACUACAAGGACGAGGACGAAGAAGAUGAUUGGCGCAGUGCCUUUGCUGCAAAGGCAAUCAAGAAAGGAGAGAUGCUCACCAUCGACUUUAACAGUGUCUGGUGGGAUCGCUCUGAAGUUGUUUCUUCUGGAGUUUGUACUUGUGGGUCCUCGAAAUGCAGGGGCACUGCUCAGGGGUACUCUCAUCUUUCCAAAGAAGAGCAAGGAGAGCUCAUGUCGCUCUCAUGGUUGCGAUUGCCAGCACCGUACUCAGGCGAGAACAGACUUGUUACACCUGGUGAUGCACUAGCACCACACAUUAAUGUUUGUUUGCGCAAAAACAGCAUCCAUGACCAAUCUGAUGCUACAGAUGUAUCAGUGUCAAGCAGCAACGUCUCCUCCAGCUUUGACGGAAACAGCUCAGAGGAGGAGUGAGGAUUAUCUGGGUUUGUCUUUUGGUGUUCUACUGUCUACAACUUGUGCCUAGCAGAGCAGAGCAACCAUCCACAUACUUGUUGUAAAAUAGUAAUGCACCUCCGUUUGUGACAAUGGAGGCGAGAGAAACGUUUAACAAUACCAACGACCGUCUGGCUGGGGGACGCCACCACAGGUUCGGCCCUUGCUUGACUUUGAAAGCUAGCAUGAGCAUAAUAAAUCUAUGUGAUCGAUGUUCU